AUGACCGUAAACGACUACAGGGAGACUGCAUGUGCCACAGCGGGCCAUAACGAAGAAAUGGAAGUAGAAACGGACCAAGUUUUGAACCCCGCACCGCAAGACCUGGAAAAUCUCCUAGGAAGAGUCCUUGCAGAAUUCGACGGCACCACCGUCCUGUGCCGCGUUUGCGGCGACAAGGCCUCAGGAUUCCACUACGGGGUCCACUCCUGCGAAGGCUGCAAGGGUUUCUUCAGGAGGAGCAUCCAGCAGAAGAUUCAGUACAGGCCCUGCACGAAGAAUCAACAAUGUUCCAUCCUCAGAAUCAACAGGAACCGAUGCCAGUACUGCCGGUUGAAAAAAUGCAUCGCCGUCGGAAUGAGCCGAGAUGCCGUGAGAUUUGGUCGAGUGCCUAAAAGAGAGAAAGCUCGUAUUUUGGCUGCCAUGCAGCAAAGCUCGAAUUCGCGCACCUUGGAGAAAGCAGUGGCCGCAGAGCUCGAAGAUGAACAAAGGCUGCUGGCCACAGUGGUCAGGGCCCACAUCGACACCUGCGACUUCACCAGAGACAAAGUCGAGCCCAUGCUCCAGCGGGCCAGGGAACAACCCUCGUACACCGCCUGCCCCCCAACUCUGGCAUGCCCAUUAAACCCCAAUCCGCAGCCGUUAACCGGGCAGCAAGAAUUGCUCCAAGACUUCAGCAAAAGAUUCUCGCCGGCCAUCAGAGGCGUGGUAGAGUUUGCCAAGCGUAUUCCCGGCUUCUCACUCCUUGCCCAGGACGAUCAAGUCACCCUCCUGAAAGCCGGAGUGUUCGAAGUGUUACUUGUGCGGCUCGCGUGUAUGUUUGACUCUCAGACCGCGGCGAUGAUCUGUUUGAACGGACAAGUGUUAAAACGUGACUCGAUACACAACAGUUCCAACGCCCGUUUCCUCAUGGACUCGAUGUUCGAUUUCGCCGAAAGAAUGAACGCGUUGAGAUUAUCUGACGCCGAGAUCGGUUUGUUCUGCUCCGUGGUCGUCAUUGCUGCCGACAGGCCCGGCCUCAGGAACACCGAGCUCAUCGAAAAAAUGCACAACAAAUUGAAAUCUUCGCUGCAAAUCGUCGUAGGCCAAAACCAUCCCGGCCAAGCUCAAAUCUUGGACGAGCUGAUGAAGAAAGUGCCGGAUUUGCGUACUUUGAACACGCUGCACUCUGAAAAAUUGCUUGCCUUCAAAAUGACCGAGCAACAGCAAAUGAUGCAGCAGCAGCAGCAACAAUUGUGGAAUUCGCCUUUGGAGGAAGAAAGCAACAGCAAGAGCCCCGCAGCGUCUUCCUGGUCCUCCUCGUCCGACGUCACGAUGGACGAGGCCAAAAGCCCGUUGGGUUCGGUAUCCAGCACGGAAUCGAUGAGUUCCUCGGAAAUGAUGACUUCGAUCAACGACUAUCACCAUCCCCAAAGCCACCAUCACCACCAUCACAUCAGCUCGAACGUUACGAACGCUCCGCUGUUGGCCGCGACUUUGGCCGGCGGCGUAUGCCCGCACAGGCACCGAGCCAACUCCGGAUCGACGUCGUCCGGCGACGACGAACUCGCCGCCACAUCACACUUGAUCCACAACGGCUUGACAAUAACCCCGGUGUCCAGACCGCAUGCUUCGCACAGAUUCAGGAAGCUGGACUCGCCCAGCGACUCCGGCAUCGAAUCGGGCACCGAGAAGGUCGACAAGCCCACGUCGGUCUGCUCGAGCCCGAGAUCUUCCGUGGAAGAUCACCACAUCGUGGAAGAUAUGCCGGUGUUGAAGAGGGUGUUGCAGGCGCCGCCGCUAUACGACACCAACUCCUUGAUGGACGAGGCCUACAAGCCGCACAAGAAAUUCCGGGCGUUACGCAAUAAGGAUUCGGCCGAAGCCGAACCGGUGGUGAUCAUGUCGCCGCAGCCGCAGCAACAAGUGCAAUCGCAGUUGCAGAUGCAACUGACGUCGGCGCCGCAGUCGUCGCUGUCGAGCACGCACUCGACGCUGGCGAAAUCGCUGAUGGAGGGUCCGAGGAUGACCGCCGAGCAAAUGAAGAGGACCGACAUAAUCCACAACUACAUAAUGCGCGGGGAGCAGGCGUCGCCGAUGGUGACGGCCGCUCCGACCGCCUGCCCCUACAAAACCAACGGAUCUCUUCUGCAAAACGCGUGGGCGACGAGCGUGAUCACCACCACCGCCCGCCAGUCGCACCUGCAGAGCAGCAGCAGUAUGACCCCGCCUCCCCAGCAGCAGCAGCAGCAGCAAUAUCAUCAGCAGCAGCAGCAGGAGUACUCGAGGCUGUAUCUGCACCCGCAAUCUCCGCACUCGACGUCUCCUGCGCCUCCGCAGUCGCGAUCUCCCGCUAGUCCUCACUCGUCGACGCUGCUCUCGAUGCCCAAGAUGGUCGAGUUGCAGGUCGACAUCGCCGAUUCGCAACAGCCGCUCAAUUUGUCCAAGAAGUCCCCGUCCCCGUCGCCCAGGCCGCUUAAAAUCGUCACGUUGGAGGUGUAA